UCUGCGUGAGGUUGAGCUGUUGAGCUAGAAGUUAGCGAUUGGAGUUUGGAGUGUACAGCGAGCUCGCAAUUGCACAGUUACCACCACACUGAUUGUUUUAUUAUUUUUAGAGAGGCUUGUUUUCCAAACAUUAUUGAUUCAUUUCACCAGUGAAAAUAAUAUUAUCGAACAAUCAAGCUAUCAACGAAGCUGAUGCAGCAACGUCAGUAACUCGGGAGGGAGUGUGGCAGUGACAGUUCAGCUUCACGAGAAGGCGGGUAGAACGAUCAGUUGUCCCAUGUCAGCACCAAAACAAUUGCGUGGAAGAUGAUAGAGAUGUCUGUUGAUAAAGAGACUGUUCCAACCAGAAGUAUGAAAGUGGACCCAGUGCCACCCCAGAAACUCUCAGAAUGCACUGGAAUCUGCAACAAUGCCCCCAAAGUGCCAGAUGUCACCCUGGCCAACCCAGACAGCACUGAUGGUGCUGCUACCUGUCCCAUGCCAGACAGUGGUGCCCAAACCAAGCACAGCAGCACGGCUGACCCCCACGAUCAGACAAAGCGUGUUGAGCAGGAGGCCAUGUUGACUGAGCAGCAUGUUAACCCUAAAAAUGGCUUUCAGCAACCCAAACAACAACCGCAGCAGCAGAAACUCUCAAAGCGCCGCAGCACAAUGAUUUCAGGGUUCAAGCAUCCAGCAGGUAAGAGACGACGACGGGUAAACUCAGAGAGCGACUCAGUUCUGCCCACCAACUUCCUGCUGGGAGGAAACAUAUUUGACCCGCUGAACCUCAACAGCCUGCAGGACGAGGAGGUGAACAGGGCCCUGAACGCUGAGACGCCCAAGUCCUCCCCCCUUCCUGCCAAGAACCGCGACCCUGUGGAGAUCCUCAUUCCCAGGGAUAUCACUGACCCUCUCAACCUCAACAGCAGGAUGGGAAGUAGGAGCCUCCUGGUGUCGCCCUUCAAGAGUGGUGGCAGGAGGAGACACCGUAACAGACACCAUGGAGGAGGAGGUGGGGGUUCCACAGUCUCCGUGUUGGACCUGUCAGAUUCAGAGAGGAGUGGUGAAGUCACCAACACCACUUCUUCUCUGUCUAGCCUGGCAUCUGCUAGUGCUGCGUCUACCUGUGUUCUAGAAGCACCCAGUGUCCCAGCCGUCCUGGACCCCCAUGAUGCUAAUGGUAAUGAGAUCAACCCAUCCAACUGCAGGCAUGAAGCCAUGCUCACUGUAUCUGCCCCCCAGGCCCAGCCUCGACCCCAGGAAGACUCCGCAGCAGCCACCGCCGGAGGCCCAAACCAUCUCUCUAGCCGGCAACGCAAACGCAGACGCAACUCUGGUAAAACAGAGCCUCCGAUGGUCCAAUCUACUCUUAUGGCCCGGUCGGGGACGGAGGAGAGGGGCCGUGGAGCUGGGCCCGGGAGAAAUGCGCAGUCCUCCUUCCACACCCCAGUGGUAGGUCCCAGGGGGUCCUCCCAGGUACCAGGGGGUCGGCAACCGCAUCUUCACAACCAGCACAAACAACAGCACCAAGGCAACAAGAAGAAGUUCCAGUAUGGGAACUACAACAAGUACUACGGCUACCGCAACCCAGGCUGUGCCGAGGACCCACGGUUCCGUUGUCUACGUCCGGAGUGGUUUCAUGGUAAAGCAGUACUGGAUCUGGGCUGUAACACGGGCCACCUGACUCUGUGUAUUGCUAAGAAGUUGAGGCCCGCCCGCAUAUUGGGGUUGGACAUUGAUGGGGGUCUGGUGCACGCGGCCCGCCAGAACAUCAGACACUACCUGUCAGAGCUGCAGGCCCAGGAGGCCCGGCGAGCCGCAGGGGAUGAGAAGGAGAAGACCAAUGGACCAGGAGAGGAAAGGAAGGAGAAGACCAAUGGACCAGGAGAGGAAAGGAAGGAGAAGACCAACAGACGGGAAGACGAGUCACACUCAGGAGGACUAACGCACAAACAGAAUGAAAGACAGCCCAGCAGGGCUGUAAAUGGAAACGCUGAAAAGCAGGUCCCUGCAGAGGCAGCGGGUGGCGUGGUGUUGUCACGUCACGCAGAGAGAAGAGCUCAGGAGAUGGGUGCUGAGGAGAUGGAGGAGGACUCUGGAGCACCUGCUGUUGAACUGGGAACCAGCUCCUUCCCUGUCUCCUUAUGGAUCUCCAGGGGACCCAUAGCAGCACCCCCACUCCCUGACACACCCACCAUGCCUCCUGGUAACUUCCCCUCGAAUGUCUCCUUUGUCAAGGGGAACUAUGUCCUGGAGAAUGAUGCUCUGCUGCUGACCCAGCGGCCAGAGUACGACGUCAUCCUAUGCUUCAGUGUUACCAAGUGGGUCCACCUGAACUGGGGAGACGGUGGCCUGAAGCGCCUCUUCCACAGAGUGUUCAGACACCUGCGUCCUGGAGGCCUGUUCGUCCUGGAGCCACAGCCCUGGAUCACCUACGGCAAGAGGAAGAAACUCACGGAUAGCAUCUUUAAGAAUUACCACAGCAUCCGCCUCAAACCAGAGCAGUUCUCCACAUACCUGACAUCUGAAGUGGGAUUCUCCAGCUACGAGUUGAUCGGGACGCCUAACAGUUCAUCAAGAGGUUUUCAGAGGCCAAUCUACUUGUUUCAUAAAGGAACAUAAUCUGCCAGGAAGUGGGAUGGAGCAGGAGAAACCAAACCACCAUGAGACACAAAACAAGCCACCCGCUCAAAGAUCUGCCUUCAUCUCCAGUCUGUAAGCAUAUAGGUCAACCCCAAUCAGAGCUUUCUAUGUGUUUGUGAUGCUGUGUUCAGAAGGUAGCUAAGGAGACCAAAACAUGAGACUUGAUUCUAUAGAACGACUAUGUGAUGGCUUCUCUACACACAACUCCAGUCUAGAUGAUGAGAAGAAAAGCAUUGGGACAGGGUGAACUCAAUCAUGACUCUUUGGGCUCGUUGCUCCCUAUGCACAGACAUUGUCCCAUAUCUUUUUAUUACUGUUUGUACUCUUGUUCAGUCAAGGAUUGUAUUUUUUUCACAUUUUAAUAUCGACGUUCAUCAAUAGAUCAACUUUUGAAGCAGAAUGGACAACCAAGACCUAAUUUGAAUCCUUUGCAUACAAUGUACUCUCAUGUAAUGUCCAAAUAGAACUAAUCUAGGGACAUUUCUCACACUUUUUAUAGGAUCAGAGCAUCUUCAAUUUUAAGACUGUUCUGCUUAACAUAAGUACUCACUGAGUUCUCUGUGGCUGACUGACUGACCAGGAAAAGCAGGUUGACUCUGGAUAAGUGUGGCCUGUCUUCAGUGCUUUUUCUCUAGAUAUCUUACUGCCUGUCUGGGGACUGUUCCUGUCUAUUUCUAUUGGUAGCUGAUUCAACAACUGUCAGUCCGUGGCAUUGACUAUGGUGAGAUGCGAGGGAUGAUCAAUGUUUUUUUCUUUGGCUGUUAUAAGAAUGAUUUGAUUGUUCUUUUUUUUGACUCAUGUUCUUUUUUCUCUUUUUUUUUUCAAUGGAUUCUUCUUGUCAUGUGUCCAAACAAAGGUUGGCUGCCAAUGUAUCAUAUGUAACCUAUACACAGCCUCCAUGGUUUGGACUCGGAUUGUUAAUCCAGCUCACUUUAACCCAAAUCAGUUCAUCAUAAUGAAAUGUUUAUGCUUUACUCAAUUCUUAUGCUUAAUAUUUUGUUUACUUGCACCAGGUGCUGGUUUAGUUCUGAUUUUGUUUAAAUGUUUUUGUUUUUAAUAAACACAUCAAUUGAAAUGCA